GGCAAAGGGCCAGAGCAUUGAGCAAGAAGGCGCACCGAAAAGGAGGUUAUAUUUCUGGGGGCAGGGCGCUGCGGCUAAGCUUGACCACCAGGACCAUCAGGGAGGCCCAAUGGCGGCCGCGGUGGCUGCAUUGAGCCGCAUGAGCUCCGCUUUUGCAGUUUCACGCGCUGUGAUGCGGCCGUCGUGCGCACCCCAGCACCGCGCGCUAGGGUUCUUCGGAAGCAGCUCGAUGCAGACCCAGCAGUGCAGAAUGGGGAGACUGGGGUCCGCUAGAAAUGGUAAUGGUUUUGCGGUGGCCGUCAGGAGGGUUGCUGUGCAGCCGGCGCAGAAGGGGCUCGUGGUGGAAGCUAAAAAGGAGAAGAAGCAGAAGCUGCGGAGCCACAGCGCUGCCGGAAAGAGGUUCCGUGUCACUGGAGGGGGCUUGGUUGUCAGGAGGAAGAACGGCAAGCAGCAUCUGAACGAGCGGAAGAGCAGGCUGCGCCUUAACAGGCUCGGCAAGAUGGCGUUGGUUGACAAGAGGGACCUUCGGAACGUGAAGGAAGCCUUGCCUUACCUGGCCUACCGGUAAAUAUUCAAAUCGAAGAUACACAUGUAACAGUUUUACUGGGUAUUUUGGCAAGUGUUUACAGGUUUUUGAUGAUUGAUUCACUCACAAGCCAUUCAUCCACUGGGGCUUUGUCGAAGGUUUGAGCAGAUCAGCAUGAUGCAGAAUCAUCGCGAAGUUAAUGCUGCCAAUCAACUGUGGCCAUCUUUGCAAAUGGUGUUGCAACAUUCAAGUGCUCACCCAUUUCUGUCACUGUAUAUCACGGAGGAUGGGAAGUUGCCUUUCAGUGUGACGUGUAUGGUCGUGCAUGUGACUUAAGGCAGCAAUCGUUUGCAACAAUCUUAAGAACAAUCAGCAUACAAUGAUUUAGCAACAAUAAGCCGCGCGGCGACUGCAAUGCGGAACUUAAUUCAGAUACCGUCACAUCCAAGUCAAA